UUUAGGCCCAAACACGCCUUAUGAACCCAAAAACCCUCUCUAAACCCUAACCGCGCAGAACCCCUUUUUCUUUCUCGGCCACUUCUCUUCAAAACCCCGGAAAUGGCCUUCAAUUCCAUUCUUCGCAGAGCCUCAGCAUCUGUACUUCCUCUAGUAAUUCGCUCUGUAGGUUCACAGAGAACCUUCCACAGCGCAAUCUCCACCUUCCUUUGUGUCGAAAAACUCAGUCUCAGCCAUCAGGUCUGUUGGCAAGUCUUUCUUCCAUUUUUUCGAUUCUCGACGGCCACUGUAGCUAAACCGAGCGCCGAUGAGAAUCUGAUUCGAGUCCUCGAUUCUGAGAUUGGCUGCGCCGAGAAACCCGCAGAUGUAGAGGAACUCCCUGCUGGAUUUCCUUUUGAAAUCCAAGAUAAUCCUGGAGAGAGAACCGUAUUACUGAAAAGAAACUUCCAAGAUGAGAAUAUCAAAGUUGAAGUUGAUGCACCUAGUAUUCCAGAGGAUGCUGAGGAUGAUGACCAUGACCAGGAUAAAAAUACUGAGGACUCGGAUAACCCACCAAGCAUUCCACUGGUUGUAAGUAUUAGUAAAGGAAAUGGCCUGUGUCUGGAGUUCGGUAUCACUGCUUACCCUGAUGAGAUCACAAUCGAUACCUUGUCACUUAGAAAUUCAGAACAUUCUGAAGAUGAACUCGCAUGUGAAGGGCCUGAUUUUUUUGAUUUGGAUGAAAAUUUGCAAAAGGCUUUCCACAAGUAUCUUGAGAUUAGAGGGAUCAAACCUAGCACAACGAACUUUUUGUUUGAGUACAUGAGAAACAAGGAUGAUAAAGAGUAUUUGCUAUGGUUGAAGAACCUCAGGAGUUUCAUGGAAAGGUAACUUUUCAAGCAAUGCAACAACAGCGAAUGUGGCCAAGAUUAUAUGCAGGGCAGUUACACCUGCCCAUUUUAGUGGUUUUUGAAAUUUUUACCAUCUGAACUUGUAUCAGUUGCCCAAGAUUAUAUGCGGGGCAGUGACACCUGCCCAUUUUAGUGAUUUAGUUCUUCUGAAAUUUUUACCAUCUGAACUUGUAUCAAUGUUAAAGGGGGAGCAAGUAUUUAAAUUCUAGAAAUGUUUUUGAGCAUUCUAGACA